GCAUUUCAAUUUUCUGUUUUAUCAGGCUAGGAAUGCAGCCAUUAACUGCCAAAUUAAAUCAAUCAAUAAACCACUUUCACAUUUCAUUUUUUUUUAUUUUUUACUUCUUUUUCAUGUUUCAACCUGUCUCCGAAAUAGAUCAAAAUAUUAUCAAAACCCUAAAAAGAUUUGUUGUAUGACCGUUACUUGUGUUACUUGCUUGUUGGUUACAUAAAAUGCUUGUAGUAUACAGUUUGCUUUACUGUACAAUUGGCGACGUUACAAGCUGCGUUUCUUUUAGUGAAUUUACAUUUAUAUUACCUGAGUUUACCUGCCAACGCGCUGCAUACGAGACUAACGCCAGACGUUACCAUUUUCCGCUUCUUGCACACUAAUCGAAAUUUCUAUAUUUCACAUGAAAAUAUAUUUCUUUAUAAAAAAUUGUGUUUCUUUUUUAUAAUUAUCCUUCAGCUUCGUCUUUCGAGAUUAGAAAACACUUGUAUUUUGUAGUAUCGCAUAGCGAUCGCCAUUCUGCACUAUCUUUUAGUUUAGUUUUUUUUUUUUUUUUUUUUGUAGGUAGGUUGGUAAUUUACCCGAUCACUUGCCACACUUUAACGAUCAUUCGCAUUUUAGUGCUCUGCCAGACUGCACUCGUCCAUAUCGCUCGUGUGUUGGCGUUGUACCUUUUACUCGGUAAUUAAUAGAUAAGCUUAAACAAUGCCUAAAAGGAAAGGAAGUGAUCAUAAUUAUGAAGUUUUGUUGAAAAAGUUAAGGAAGAUUGAAAAUAAAAUACGUCAAUGUGAUGGACAAACAACACGUGCUCGCCGUUCUAGGCGUGUCAGAGUGCUUUCCAGUUCGUCUUCCUCGUCGCGGGAAUCACCAGGUCAACAAGUUGAUACCGUUAACAACGAGAUUUCUCCAUGCCACGCCGAAUCGGAUUUGGAACCAGCGACGACAGACCAGGGCACGGUGGCAGACCAGGGCGCGAUGAAUCCGUCAAACAUUCCACAAGAAAAUGCUCGCCUGGAACCCACCGUAUGUUCGGAAGAUAUCAUACCCGAAAAUUCCGAAAUAGAACUGGAUGAUGAUAUACUGCAAAUUCUUGGAGUUGAUCCCACGCAAGUAAUAAUUUAUGGGAAAGAUAUACAAAAGGAAGUUGCUGUUCGUUUUGAACAUACAGCAACGGCAGGAUUGUCCAAAGAUGAGCGUAAAGAAAUCAAUGAAAAAUUUCUUAUACCAGGGAACUGUAAGCUUAUCGGUGCGCCAGCUUUAAAUCUGGAAAUCAAAGCCGCUCUUUCUGAGACCAUAAUAAAACGCGAUAAAGCGAUAGAAGCAAAACAAAAUCUGCUGGCAAUUUCAGGCCUCGGCGAGGCAAUUUCGCUCGUCCUCUCCUCGAAAGAAAAGAACACAGAUCUCUUACGUAUCCUGAUGAAUACCGGACGUGCCAUGUGUGAUUGUCAACAUAACGAUACUAUUGCCAGACGUAACUUUAUCCUCUACGCAGUCAAGAAGGAUAUGAAAGAGUCUCUCAUUAAUACGAAGAUUGACGAAUUUCUAUUCGGACAGAACCUAACUGAUACUCUAAAAGCUGCUAAAGCAAUUAACAAAUCUGGCGCAGAGUUAAAACCUCCUGCCCCUACACCAAAACCUAGUACAAGUAAACCAAAUCCGUCAACUUCAAAAAACUGGAAAGGUUCGUAUGCAGCGCGCAAGCCGCCUCCAAAGACGACGAACACAACAGCUCCGGCGGAGGGUCGUCGGACGAGGAGCCAGCACGCGAGCUCCUCGAGACCAUACAAUCAGCGGCCCUCGCGCAACAUGACGCGCAGCCGUCGCUGAUGCUGGCGCCUACAACAUCAUCUCCGGUACAGUACGCUGGGAGACUGGCUCAAUUCUAUCAACAAUGGCUGCUUCUCACUAAUGAUCCAGUAAUUCUUUCAUAUAUUGAAGGAUACAAAAUCCCUUUUUCACGCCCUGUGUUUCAAAAUACUAUUCCACCAUUAAGAAAUUAUUCUAUGCAUGAAAAAUCUCAGUUUGAAGAAGCCAUAAAUGAUCUGUCAAAGAUUGGUGCUAUUUCAAAAUGUCAGCCAUGUGAGGGUCAAUUCAUAUCUAGUAUAUUCUUAGUACCAAAACCAAAUGGAAAAAGGCGAUUCAUACUAAAUUUAAAGAAAUUAAACGAAUUUAUUGACACAGAACAUUUCAAACUUGAAGAUUUUCGAACUGCAAUAAAAUUAGUGUCUAAAGACUGUUUCAUGGCAAAAAUUGACCUUAAAGAUGCUUAUUUUAUGAUCAAAAUACAUCCAGAUUUUAAAAAAUACUUGCGCUUUCAGUGGAAUCUUCUACUUUAUGAGUUUAAUGUUUUGCCAUUCGGUCUUAGUACAGCCCCAUACGUGUUUACCAAAAUUAUAAAGCCAGUGGCUAGACUUCUUCGCUCCACUGGCUAUGUAUCAACCGUAUAUUUGGAUGACUGGUUAUUGAUAGGACAGUCAUACAAUACAUGUCUAAAGAAUUUAAAUCAAACUAGGUCAUUGUUAACCUCGUUAGGUUUUAUUUUAAAUUACGACAAAAGCAUUUUAGUUCCAAGUAAAGACUGCUUAUUCCUUGGAUAUAAAAUAGACUCCAAAAAAUUCCAAGUCUACUUACCCGAAGAAAAAAUUGACCAUAUUAGUAAACAGAUUGAUAAGAUGUUAUCGCUGGAGAGAUGUAAGAUAAGGGAAUUCGCAAGAUUUGUAGGUCUGCUUACAUCAGCUUGUCCGGCCAUUGAAUAUGGCUGGCUGUACACAAAAUUAUUUGAAAGAAUUAAAUACCUCAAUUUAAAAACUACUUAUGAUAAUUAUGACUGUUACAUGAAUAUUCCCCAAUCUUUGUUACCAGAUUUGUAUUGGUGGAAACAUGCUAUAAAGCAUUCAGUAAAUAAGAUAAAACAUGACAGUUACGACUUGGAGAUUUUUUCAGAUGCCUCAACUAUGGGUUGGGGUGCUGUGCAGGGUUACAAUAAGGCUAGCGGUAUGUGGAGCGAAAACGAACGGAAUAUGCACAUAAAUUAUCUUGAAAUACUUGCAGCAUUUUUUGGGUUAAAAAUUUACGCAAAAAGUCUAACUAACUGUCAAAUUCUACUAAGAAUAGAUAACACAACUGCUAUCUCUUACAUAAACCGCAUGGGAGGCAUCCAAUUCCCACACCUUACAGAGCUAGCCAAGAGGCUUUGGCAGUGGUGUGAAAGCCGUCAGUUGCAUGUUUACGCUUCCUACAUCAGCUCAGUUGAUAAUGCGGAAGCAGAUGCUGAAUCUAGACGCAUCCAUCCAGAUAUUGAGUGGGAGUUAUCAUCCAUUGCUUUUCAAAGAAUUGCGCAGGCUUUUGGUUAUCCAGAGAUUGAUCUCUUUGCGAGUAGACUGAAUAAAAAAUGUUGUACUUACGUCUCUUGGCACCGUGAUCCGGAUGCCUACAAAGUUAAUGCCUUCACAAUUAAUUGGACAAAUUUUUAUUUUUACGCUUUCCCACCCUUCUCAGUAAUACUUAAAACAUUACGAAAAAUAGUAUCAGAUAAAGCCAGGGGUAUUUUAAUUGUUCCCCUGUGGCCCACACAGCCCUGGUACCCUAUUUUCAAAAGCCUUGUGAUUUCCCAGAUUUUAUAUUUAAAACCGAAUGAAAAUUUAAUAAUUUCUCCUCAUUCCAGCGGCCGGAAUAUGCACACUCAAAUUACCCUGGCUGCAGCAAUAUUAUCAGGACAGCAUUCUUGAAAAGACAGGUCCCAUUAUCAACAUUAAACCUAAUGAUGAACUCUUUAUCACACAACUCAAUUAAACAAUAUAACGUAUACUUAAAGAAAUGGCAUGAUUACUGCAUACAAAAUAAAGUUGAUUUAUAUUUUGCUACUAUCCCCGAUAUCUUAAAUUUUUUAACAAUUCUGUAUAAUACUGGAGCGCGGUACGGGAGUCUUAAUACUUGUCGCUCUGCUUUAUCAUUGGUUAUAGGCGAACAUGUAGGAUUAGAUCAAAAUGUUAAACGUUUUUUCAAGGGCAUAUUUCGAUCUCGUCCCCCAAUGCCUAAAUAUGAUACGUCUUGGGAUCCUUCAUUAGUAUUAAAAUUCCUAGAAGAGCUUUAUCCAAAUGAAACGUUAUCGCUAGAAAUGAUAACCAAGAAACUAGCUACUCUGUUAACUUUAGUUACUGCACACAGAGUACAAACGAUAUCAAAAAUAAACAUAGAUAAUAUAUCAUUUUCUGAAUCUAGAGCAUCUAUAAAAAUAACAGAUCUGAUCAAAACCUCACGAAUUGGUUCUCCUCAACCAACAUUAAUCUUACCUUUCUUUGUCCAAAAACCGCAAAUAUGCCCUGGAAAAACAUUACGGGAUUAUCUAUGUAAAACGGCAACCUUACGCGGUGAUGUCAAAUACCUUUUCAUCACUCUUAAAAAACCAUAUCGUGCCGUAUCUAGCCAGACACUAAGCCGCUGGAUCCGUGCGACGUUGGGCAAUGCUGGCGUACCGGUGGCGACGUUUAGCGUGCACAGCACGCGACACGCCGCCACCUCGUGUGCACAUCGCCUCGGUGUGAGCCUGGAUGCCAUUAGAAGGACCGCUGGCUGGAGCGCCACCUCCAAUAUUUUUUUCAAGUAUUAUAAUAGACCUCUUGAUGCAGGCCAUAAUGAAUCAUUUGCUCGUACAAUUAUUGAUAAUUUCCAAAACAAAAAUUAGAAUAUACAUAUUAUAUGUGUGAUGUGACUAUAUUAUGUUAGUAUGAUUAAUGAUCUACCUCGUAAGUACUCGAUUAUUCAAAUAAAGGAUCAGUUGAUUUUCAGAGUUAUUGUUUAUUAUUUAUGACCUUCAGGUCAUGAUGAUAGAGAGUUACACAUACUUAUCAUAUGGUAAGAAUGUGUCAUGUACAAAUAAGCUUAAUGCUCAUACACACCUACUUACCUCUGAAAUAUUUCACUAUUGUCUCUAAAUAUCUACAAGUGUUUUCUAAUCUCGAAAGACGAAGCUGAAGGAUAAUUAAUGAUUAAACGAACUUACCUGUAAGUGAAGUUCUAUCAUAAUUAUACGAAGCUUCGUCUGAAGAGAUUAGAAACCCACCCUAUCUUUGUGUUGAUGUUUACUAACACCAUGAGAUCCCUUCCCUAAUCGUGAAAUAUUGGUAAGUAUCCUUUCUCUAAACUAAAUGAUCGUUAAAGUGUGGCGAGUGAUCGGGUAAAUUACCAACCUACCUACAAA